UGCGUGAGAAGGAAGCCAUUUCCUAUCGCAUGUUAUUCUCAUAGUCAAAAGUAAAAUAUGUAUAUGUAAACGACCGAAAAGCUUAAUUUUUUUCAACUGAGGAAUUUUACCGUCUCGUUGUAUUGAAGAAGCCGUGUAGUCUGUUUUCCGAUAUUCCCUCGGACAUAUUCGGCCUAAAUCGGUAGAGGCCGUAGAAAUGGAUGAGUCUGAAUCGGCAACGAAGGGACUCGGGCUGGAGGAGGCGUCCGAAAGUACUGCCGUUGUGCCGGGAGUUGAGGGGGAGGGCUCGGAGACUGAAUCGGAUGCCGAAGUUGCUGCGAUGACUGUAAUGGGUGAACCGGGAAACAUCGAAAUUGGAGCCGAGUCCUUGCCGAACCCAGACGAGACCGAGACGGCGUUUGCAGAAGUGACAACAGUGACUGUGGGGGAUGUACAUGCAGCAGGGGACAAUGUGUUCACUACAUCUGUUGCAACAGCAGCCUCCAUCUCUGAGCAUGUACUUACGGGCAGGACCACUCUGCAGAUUGGUGACAGCCUCAAUGCCCAGAAAGCCACUCUCAUUGUGGUUCACACUGAUGGGAGCAUAGUGGAUGCAACAGGAUUAAAAGGGACUGCUACACCGAUGACUCCUGGUCCCCAGACACCCUCCACACCAAUGACUCCAGGCCACGAGAAGCAUGACUCCAAGUAUAAUUGGGACCCAUCGGUCUAUGACAACGAGCUACCUGUACGCUGUCGGAACACCAGCGGAAUCCUCUAUAAAAACAGACUGGGUUCAGGGGGGAAAGGGCGCUGCAUUAAGCACAACAACACCUGGUACACUCCUACCGAGUUUGAGUGCAUGUCCGGGAGGGCCAGCAGCAAGGACUGGAAGAGGAGCAUUCGCUAUGGUGGCCGCCCACUGCAGUGCCUCAUCCAGGAGCGCAUUCUGAACCCCCAUGCCGCCUCCUGCACAUGUGCGGCCUGCUGCGAUGACCUGCCUGUGUGUACCAAGGAUGGGGAGUCUUUCAGAGCGGACAACGUAAGCAUGACUGGGCCUGUUAGGCUGUUUGUCCCGUACAAGAGGCGGAAGAAGGACAAUGAUCAGCCGACCACACCAGAGAAGAAGGAUGUCCAGACUCCCAAGAACAUAACACUGGCACCUGGAGCCACAUUCACAGUGACACCAUCAGGACAGAUCACCACCUCUGGCACGCUGACCUUUGAUAGAACACCUGUGGGUGAUGCCACCGCCAUAAUAUCUGAGAGCCCAUCGCAGGCUGAUGUCUUUGCCGGCACAGCAGUGUUGACGUCCCUCCCGGCCCUGGCAGUAGCCCCCCAACCACUGCAGUCGAAGGUGGAGCCUACGAACGUGGCCAAUGGGCUGGACACAGCUGAACAGCGCACUUGGUUCUAUCUGGAGGAGACGGCAAACACCCUGCUGAGCACCGUGCAGCAGCUCAAGGGGCUCAUUGAACAGGCCAAGCAGGCCAGCCGUGCCCAGAGCAGGGCUCCCACCAUCAGGAAGGAUCCCUUCCAGACACAGAUACCAUUUCAACCCACAGACGACCCUGAUGGGAAGCAUACAGAGGUCAUCAUUAAGCAAAUGUGUGUGAACUGCGGCCGGGAGGCAACAAACGAGUGCACAGGGUGCCACAAGGUCAACUACUGCUCCGCCUUCUGCCAGCGCAAGGACUGGAGGGACCACCAGCAUAGCUGCUGCCAGCAGAGUGCUGUGGUGUCUGUCCAGGAGGAGGUGCAGAUGCCAGUGGUGGAAAUAGAGAAGGUCAAGGUCUAGCAGACAGCUCCUGUUGCAAGCGCAUCCACUGCAGAAACCAAGAGACUCGGCUCAAUCCGCUGGCUUCACACGCUAACGGUCUCCUGCCUUUGUCUGCCAGGCUGUGAUACAGGCUGUGACUGCUACACUGACUCCACCUCUUGGGAAAAGCAUCUUUUUUUCUCACAACAUCCAUUUUGAACAUUUGGGUAUUGUUUAUGUUCAUUAGCAAAAAAAAAAAAAAAGUCCUUCAAACUGACAGUUCUUGGUGAAGAACUUAAAUAAAAGUUUUAC